AUGCCAUCAGCUAGCGGAACCAAUACCUGGCAAGACUACGUGGAAAUCACAGUUCAGACUGGUCAUGUUGGAAAAUUUGCCGUUCAUGGAUUGCUAGGCGACAAGUGGGCAUCAAGUUUGGGAUUCCAAGUAACAAAAGCAGAAAUUGCGUCCCUUGUUAGAGCAUUUAUAGACCCUAGUCAACUUCAUAAAUAUGGAAUAAAAUUGAAUGGAGUUACAUACGUAACGUUAAAAGUGGACAAAGACUUGAUUCUCGGGAAGAAGGGAAGCACUGGUUGUGCAAUAAGUAAAUGCAAGCAGUGUGUUGCUAUAGGUGUAUAUGAUGAGGGAAUGCACCCAGGUGGAUGUACAAGUAUCAUUAUGAAACUAGGGGACUAUCUUAGAGAGGCAGGGAUAUGA